AUGACAACAGCAACCAUGCAGCUUAUUGAGCCGAUGAACUUCUCCAGAUCUUGCCUUGACAAGAGCAUUGCCAGCAUUUCCAAAGGGCUAAUAGGAAGCCCCUGUUGCGGCCGAGCUCCAUUGUCGCCCCGCCUUUCCUUGAAGCCUCUUUAUGAGAACAAGGUAACGCCCGUGCAAUCGGCGAAACCUUCUCCGAAGUCCCCAACGAAGGAGCAGAAGAAACAGGAUUCGGCCGCCGUCUGUGUUACAAAAGAUUUGAUUGCUGUAAAAGACAAACCCUGGAACAAAGCGUGUGAGGCCAGACCAAAGAAAAGCAGUGAGGUAGACAAUGGUGAACUGAUAGAAAUCCUCAAUGAAAACCGACAGCAGACGAAACCCAAGGCGCAUAAGUCAUGCCGUCGUAAUAUGUCCAUCGAUGUCGCCUCGCUUUCUCACAAAUUUCGAAAAUAUUCGGGGGUAAGAAAACAACAUUACUCGAAGAAAGGCCAGAGUAAGCAGAAAGGGUGUGUAAAUGGUAGAAAAUUAAAACACUGGCAGAAAUGGGACCAUAAGGACCUUGGGCAUUACGUGCAAUUAGCUUCGGUAAUUCAGACAAACAGCAGCCAAAGAACUAUAGGGGAACAGUCUGGUGUAAACAAGUUAGACGAUGGGUUUAAACUUGGAGGUUCUGAUAUUAACAGAUUGAGAGACGAUGAUUUCACAGUAAAAGCAAAAUCACCCAUUCAAGUUAGUAUGGCGGACCUAAUAAAGGGAUCCAAAAAACGAGAGCCCCGUAGACUGAACAAUAAAAGAUGGAUAUUUAAGACUAAAAAAGGUCCAGAAGAAGUACACAUUGGUGUUCGUAAUGCCAAGAUCCACGCGUCAAGUGUAUGGGAUGUUGCUAAACGUCAGCGAGAGGAAACUGAUGUAAAAGAAAUUGACCACAACAGUCUGCAGAAAGAAGAAACUAAUGAGAAAUAUGAUCGUGGCGAUGAGCAGACGUCAAUACUUUGUCAACUUUUAAAAUCGGAGUUCUUUGAGUUCAUGGCCAGAAGUCAUGUACGGCGGUCUGGAAGUUGUUUUCCGCCACUGGUUUUUAUUUCACUGAGACAGAGCUCAACGAAAAACGGGAAUAUUUUCACUGCAGAUACAUAUCUACAGCCUGGACUCGUAGUGCAAGAAAUGUUGCAUCCCGCAUCAUAUGAUCCAUCGGAGCAAAUCGGAGACUACGUAUUAAAGGUACAUGUUGAAAUAGACAAUGAUCAACAGAAACUUAUCAGAGAAGAGAUUUCAAAGUAUGUAGCCUCUUCCAAACCAUCGCCAGUUUCUCUCAGGAAAAUCUACAGCCUGGCGCAAAACCUGCUGAAAUCACGCAACAAUGGUGACAAGUAUAUGUACCAACACCAAACGGAGGGAGCCUCCAUGUAUUUGUCCAAGGUAGAUAAGCCUCUAUUUGAUUGGAUGACCACCAUUACGUACAGGAUAUCUACCAUUGAUCACAUCUACAGAAUUCACUUCCAUAAAAGUGAGAAGAAGAGUUCAAGCAAAGAAACCUUUUCCUCAUUAGAAUUCCUUCAUGACGACAGUAAGAAAUGUGCCGUGUGUUUGACGUCAUUACUGGCAGGGAAUGGUGCUAAGCUUAACGGGAUGUGCGUCUUGCCGUGCGAACACGUGUUCUGUAGAAACUGUGUUUAUCGGACCAUUGUAGAGAUGAUUGAACAAGGGACGCAACCAAUUCCUUGUUUGGAACAUGGCUGCAAGAGUGAAAUCGAUGAAAUCAUGAUCAUGAGCCUAGUUCCUUUUGAAUUGUUUCGCUCCUGGGACAAAGGCUACAGGGAGAGAACGGUGAUGUCGACCGGACGCUGGACGCUGUGUCCGAAUGAUCAGUGCAGCCAUAUUGUCUCUGUUUCUAAGAGAGCUACCAAUGACAUGGAGAAUCCGAGUCCAAAGACAUUAUCGUCCAGACGGGAAGUGACGUGCGUUUGUAAGAUCCAGUUCUGUGUGGACUGUAGGGAACCCCCUCACUGGCCCGCCACCUGUCUCCAGGCGGAAACCUACCACAAAAUCACUAGUCACGUACUAGGUACAUGUAGUGUAUCAGUUAACGAAAAUGAAAGUUUCCUUCUGAAAGUAAACUCUUGUCCUCGUUGCCGGGAGAAAAUCAACAAACACAGCAGUCGGGUGAUAAAGUGCAAAUGCGGAAAUUAUUUCUGCUGGGAUUGUCUGAGACCAGUGGCUGACCACAAAGUUGGAGACAUCUGUGGGAAACUUUCAGAGGAGGAUUUGGAGUCUUCUACCCGAAUGGUGCUGACAUUGCCAUCACACAACAUAGAGAAGGCCGUAUUCUAUCGUCUGAUGCAGAUGAGACUGUUGAAUUGGAAAAAGAACAAGUCCCGUAUAUUUACAAAACUUAGACUACUAGUUGGGACUGAGAACUUAGCUCAGAGUCCAAGACAACAGCAUGGAGUGGAAAGCAGGACAAAUGCCUUUCACAGCCUCAGUAUAUUCAUCAAGACGCUGAAGGUUUUAGAAUAUAUUUACGUCUCCAUACCACCCAUACCAAAGGGCUUCUACAGCAGACAACUCACCAAGAUGCAUGAUGUUGGAAAUAAAACCGACUUUAUCAUAACAAGAAUGGAACAGUUGCUGAUGAAUCCAGUACAGCACUCCGAACGCCAGAAGAUCCGGACUUUCCAGAAUCUGCUGUCGGACAACCUGUGUGACCUCUACCUGCUGUCCAUGUGGACCCGCAAGGGGCUCCUGGACUCAGGGCAGUGGGCGGACACAGCGGAAAAUGUCCGCCUGGCCAAACUAUUGCACGUGUUUCCGUCAGCUCGGCGGAAAACGGAAAAAUCUUAGAAAUGUUUAUAUUCAAUAUGUGCAACAAAUACCAAGAAUUUAAUUCUGUGAAUUUAAUGUCUCGGGUUUUUGAAAUGUUUUUCAAGCAGAAAAUUGUUGAAAUUAAUUAAGUUUUAUAGAUUCCAAUAUUCAAAUUCUGUGAAUUUAAUGUAUUGUCUUUUUUCUAUUUAUGUUUUUCAAGCAGAAAAAUUGUAUAUAUUUUAACAAACACCAAUAAUUUAGUCUAUUCUAUUCUAUUUAUGUUUUUCAUACUUUUUCACAUGAUUAAUAACUUUGUGAAUCUGUUAUUCUUUAGUUAGUGCAAUAAUAUUGACUAUAUAAUUGUCUUGUCAGUAUAUUUUCUAAAUCUGUUUAUUUAUUUAUUUUCUUACAAUUUUGUGCAAUAUCUUUUUGAUAUAUUCAACAUUUUUAUCCCUAUACAUUCCUACCUUGUAUUCAGUAAACACAUUUUCUAUAUCUUUAUGAAUAAAUGAACAAUUCUGAUUUCAAGACUUUUUAAUUCUAUCUAUCAACUUCACUGAUGAAUAAUUGUUUGUUUUGCAUGUUUUAAUGAAACCAACAUUUAUUUAUAUACAAUGCAUCUGAAGGGGAAAUAAACCGAUUAAUUAAAGACUGAGAAAUCCAUCAAAUUAGUUAUUUAUUUUUAAAC